AAACAGACCUGCGGCCUCGGCCCCUCCAGCGAGCCAGGAGAUGACGGGAAAAGCGGGGGAAGCGCUCAGCAAACCCAAACCCGAGACAGUGGCCAAGAGUACCUCGGGGGGCGCCCCGGCCAGGUGCACCGGGUUCGGCAUCCAGGAGAUCCUAGGCUUGAACAAGGAGCCCCCCAGUUCCCACCCUCGGGCCGCCCUCGACGGCCUGGCCCCCGGGCACUUGCUGGCGGCGCGCUCGGUGCUCAGUCCCGCAGGAGUGGGCGGCAUGGGGCUGCUGGGGCCGGGAGGGCUCCCCGGCUUCUACGCGCAGCCCACCUUCCUGGAAGUGCUGUCCGACCCGCAGAACGUCCACUUGCAGCCUCUGGGCAGAGCGUCGGGGCCGCUGGACACCAGCCAGACGGCCAGCUCGGAUUCUGAAGAUGUGUCCUCCAGCGACCGAAAAAUGUCCAAAUCGGCUUUAAACCAGACCAAGAAACGGAAGAAACGGCGGCACAGGACAAUCUUUACCUCCUACCAGCUGGAGGAGCUGGAGAAAGCGUUCAACGAGGCCCACUACCCAGAUGUCUAUGCCCGCGAGAUGCUGGCCAUGAAAACCGAGCUGCCGGAAGACAGGAUACAGGUCUGGUUCCAGAACCGCCGAGCCAAAUGGAGGAAGCGGGAGAAAUGCUGGGGCCGGAGCAGCGUCAUGGCGGAGUACGGGCUAUACGGGGCCAUGGUGCGGCACUCCAUCCCCCUGCCCGAGUCCAUCCUCAAAUCUGCCAAGGAUGGCAUCAUGGACUCCUGCGCCCCGUGGCUACUGGGGAUGCACAAAAAGUCGCUGGAGGCAGCAGCUGAGUCGGGAAGGAAACCCGAGGUGGAGCGCCAGGCCCUGCCCAAGCUCGACAAGAUGGAGCAGGAGGAGCGGGGCCCCGACCCUCCCGCAGCCAUGUCCCAGGAGGAACUGAGGGAGAACAGCAUUGCAGCCCUCCGAGCCAGAGCUCAGGAGCACAGCACCAAAGUGCUCGGGACUGUGUCCGGGCCUGACAGCCUGGCCCGGAGCGCCGAGGAGCCAGCGGAGGAGGGGGCCGUGGAGGAGGACAGGCCGCCGGAGAAGCUGAGUCCAGCGCAGCUGGAGGACAUGGCUUAG